GUGACUCUUCCUUAAAAAGCUCCUGUUUUCCCCCCCUGUUUUCUUUUUUUCACCUUUUUCCACUCUUGGGUUUUCUUGGGUUGGGUUUUUUUUACUUUCUUUUCCGGGUUGAUUCUUUAUUGUGCUGGUCUUUGUGGAAUCUAUGCCUGGAAUGGAUGGUUAGAGAGAAGGGCUCGGUCUCUUUCUUUUCUAAUCCUGGACUGGACUUCCUGUGCGCAACUGCUCUACUCUUUUGCACUCCUCGCUCUUGGAGUUGAUGGACAUUUUAGUCAAGGUUGUUUUGUUAAAUUUACUCGCUUUCUUCUUCCUGGAAAGUCUUUUUCUUUUUCUUUUUUAAAUGUGUUCGUUGAUCUCUGCCUAGUACGUUCUCCUCUGAUCUUCCGAUUGUCCCGGGAAACGUUUCCGCAGCAUUAUUGUACCGUACUUGUAGACCUGUAGUUAUUGCCAACGGUUCUUGUGAUGUCCUUUUUUCUUUUACGCUUUCCAUGAACUUAGACAUCACAAAGAGCUACUGGAGGUAAUGAUUACUCCUCGAGCUGCCCAUUGUGCAACUCUUUCCUUAAUGUCUCCUUUCUAGCUCACGAAAGAUUUUUCCUUUCCCCAGCAGCCGACUGGAAAUUUUUCUGCUUUAUGUUCGUCAGCAAUUUAGAAAGACGAAAAUCUCGAGUGCUUGAUUUGGCUAGAUGAUACUGUUUUGUUUAGUUUUCUGCUCCCUGUUUGAUGCAGCUGAGGACAAAAAAAGAAUUCAAUCUUGCAAAAGGAGAGAAGCUCGGUCGUCCUGGGUGAGGAAAGGUCUCUGAGUCGCUUUGCCUACAAUCUCAUUUAAUUGAAGUGGUGGAAGGCUUAAUGGAUUGGAAUCUGAAAGCUCCUUGGGAUUUGACUGAAUUUGGCCAAGAAACCCUGCCAGGCAGCCAUGGAGCUGAUGGGCCGAAUAGCUAUGGGAUUCCUAGUGCAAAAGGAGAAUUUUCGGUUGAUUUGAAGCUGGGUCAAAUGAGUAACACAGUGAACGAACCGGUAAAUAUGUGGAAGGACUCUGGUGUCUCAAAGAUGGCAUCGUCUCCAUCGGGGUCGUCGAAGAGGGCUCGAUCGGCGAGCAGUGGGGGUCAGGCAGUACAUUGCCUUGUUGACGGUUGCAAUGCGGACCUUAGUAACUGUAGAGAGUACCAUAGGCGCCACAAGGUCUGCGAAGUUCACUCCAAGACUCCCGAGGUGACGAUUAAUGGUAGAAAACAAAGGUUUUGUCAGCAAUGCAGCAGGUUCCAUUCACUGGAGGAAUUUGAUGAGGGCAAAAGGAGUUGCAGGAAGCGCCUUGAUGGACAUAACAGAAGGCGAAGAAAACCUCAGCCGGAUCCACUAAGUCGGUCAGCAGACAUCUUUUCCAGUUUUCGAGGUCCCCAAUUAGUACCGCUAUCUAACUCACAGGUAUAUCCCACUACUGCUGUUGGCAACCCAACAUGGGCCGGAGUUGUCAAUCCUGAACAGGAGGCUGCUCUAUAUGCCCGCCACCAACACCUAUAUGGGUCAUCCUCUAGCAUAUAUGGGGGAGGCAAACAAAUUAAAUUCUUGCAAGGGAAUAAUCCCGUGUUGAGCAGCCAAAUGUCUGCCGAAUCUUCUGUAUGUCAGCAGCUCCCUAGGACAAUUGUUUCGUCUGAUAGUGGUGGGCUUGGCCGCAAUAUGUUCUAUGACCGGCUAGUCAGCGAAUCGGACUGUGCUCUCUCUCUUCUGUCAUCACCACAGAUGCAGACUUCAGGAACUAAUUUCAGCCAUCUGGCGCACCAAAACUCCCACCGCGGUAAUCACAGCUCAGAGCCCUUGGACUCUGUUCGCAUUUCCAGUGGCAGCGGAAGGAAUACCAAUUCCCAGGGAUUGUUCCACUUAGGAUCUGAAGGACGGCAAAGGAAUGAAGCCUCUCAAGUAAUUCCCUUUCACUGGGACUAGUAAGCUAUAAGCUCACUCCCGAAUUUCCUGAUGCAUAAUUACUGCAUAUUCAUUCUCAUGUAGAGAUUAUCGUGGUAUUCUUUCUCGUAUGUAAACUGUGUUUUGGUGAACUGUUCUAAUUCAGAGUAUUAACUACAUCGCCCUCCCGUUUUGAUUCGGU